AGGAUGCUACGAUCAACUCAUCUUCUGAUGAGUCACCGUAAACAAGUUCUUUAUGUGCCGUAAAAUGAUCAGAAAAUCGCAAUUAACGUAUUCAAUUCCUUGGAGGUGGCUAAUUGAUUUACCAUUCGAUUACUGUGUCCAUAGGAAUUUGUGAGGAAAACACUCAUAUUUCACGUGCAGUACAAAUUAAUUGAAGGAUGUAGUUUUCAUGCAAGGAUCGCUUGGAAAUAAUACCGCAAUGAUGCAAAUCACCGAGGACACUCCACCGGACAUGCUAGCCGGGGCAAUGGACCUUACCAUCCACUUGCCCACUAGUCGAACCGUUAAAAUGUCCGUUGAGAGAAGUACUCCGAUGAUGGAUCUUCUGGUACAAAUAACCACAGCGCAUCAUCUCCAACACUCCGGUCACAUACUGCAGGCGCUGGAAAUGGGGUCGACUUCCGGACCGACCGACAAAAUUCUACCCUACAAACCUAAUACGCCAAUCGGCUCGUUGGAGACCCAGCACGUUAAAGUGGUAUCGAAGAAUAGAACGAAUUCUGUACCUAAAACUUCGGCGAUCGGGCAACAGCCGUUUGAAAGUACCUUCAGGUUGCAGGUUCACUUGCCUAGAAAUCAACUCUACGUUAUUAGAGUGAGCCAAUAUGUUUUCCUUGAAGAUAUUAUGAAGAAAGUGUGCGAUGAAAAAAAUUUGGAUAUUAGAAAGUACGAAUUUAGGCAUCCAGGUCACUUAGAUGAAGUACUAGAUCCAAAGUUAACCCUCAGUGAUUACCAAAUAACGGAAGUCUAUUUGGUUGCAAAGGGUACAGCGGGAUUAUCGCAGACGUUUUCAUCCAACGACAUAAUGGCUUUGAAAAAAGAAGAAGAACGUAAACAGUUGCAGGCACGAACAGGAGGGGGUGUCUUUAAUCUAAUAUUUAAGCGAGGCAAAUCGAGUUUUGGUUCUGGAUCAGUUUCAAGUGAUACCCGCUCAAUAUCUCCUAGUCACAGUGAUGAUUCACGCUCUGUAACCCCUCCGGGUAUUCAGCAACAAAUUUUGCCCGUUACACAGCAACAAUCACCGAUAACCGAAAAACCAAAGCCACCACAACGAAAGCGCAGACCAGCACCAAAGCCUCCCCAACAGAACUUGCCCAACAGCAAACCUUCGAGUCAAAUUAGCACUAUAUCCGACAGUAAUACCUCAGAGUUACAGCAGAAAGGUAGUGAAAAUGGUUUAACCAUCUGCCACUCUAGGAAUAGCAGUGACAGCUCGGGCUACCAUGAACCUUCAGUUUUGAGUGAUAAUUGUAAUUUAUCACUUCCAAGGCGAACCAAACCCAAUAUUAUAAACGAGGUGGUUAACGAAGAAAGUCAAUCUUCGGAAAGUAACCGAAGCAGUACCGGAAAUUUGUCAAAUAUGUUAAAGUUUUCUAAGUCAACGACGAGUAUAGCAAGUCGUAAGAAGAAAGCCGCACCUCCUCCGCCUUCUUUGCUACAGUCGCAGAGUUUAGUCGAGAAACCUAGUCCCGUAGUUGCUAGUCCCAUUGUAGAAGCGCAAGGUGAGUCCAAUCCAAAAACAUUAACACUGCACGAUACCAAAUGCACAGUUGAGAUAUCCAGCGUCGAAGAAACGCACUUAGACGGUCUAGUUUCGCCUGAUAUUUCAGAGCAAGCCUCAACCCCGGAUUUAGAAGCUGAUGAGAAAACAUUUCCCGUACCCCUUCCAAGGACCAAACACAAAACCAAGCUUUCAGUGCUUAAAUCGAAACCUGUAGAGUUAGAUAAACGCUUUCCACAGGUACAGAAUAGCGCAACUAUCAGCGAAGAAAGCAAGACAGUAGGGGCUACAUUAAGUUACAAUAAAAAAGUACCUAGUGAUAGUGAACUUUUCGCAUUAAAUAAUGUUACUCACCCAACUAACGCAUCUUUGGUUCCGAAUUAUUCAAAAAGCACGAGUGAACCACACAUUGUGGCUUUAAUACCGAAGAGCUGUGGAAAUUCGCCUUUUCUCUCGAUCAGUUCGCAGCGAAAAUUCAACAAGCGAAUGUCUCUAAGCAACGUUUUGGGUUCUGACUACAAACGCAAGGCCUUAAGCUCAAAAAGCGCAAGUCAUAUACCGAGUAUGCUCGACGAUUACGAAGUGAACGAUUUCAACUUGGAUAUGUUUAAAUGUAAGCCGGUGUUGGUGAGGCAGAAGAAAGUGUCACAAGAACGGCAUGGAAUUUACGAUUUGGAAUUCGAUACAAACCGUAGCUCCAGCAACCCUUGUUUAAUGGAGAUGCCGGGUAUUAGACGGUGGAGCAACAUGCAAGAUUUGGACGAUCUCUCUAUUGGUUCUGACUUUCACACACAGAAAUGGGUGGUGGGUGGUGAUAGUGAUACAGAUUCCUUGUCGACAAUACCAACGAAACAAUCUGCACCUGCAAGCAUAUCAUCAUCCAUAGCGUCGACGCCCAGUCACCUGUCUAAGACAAAAACUUUUACAAAUAGCGUAAUACCUGCUCAAAAUGGAGAGCUCACAUCAUCAGUAGACAGACCUCAAAUCAAGUACAUGCAAAACCCCACUCCUCCAGACAUCUAUCCUUCAAAACCCACCUACGAAAAUUCCGGUACGUUUGAAUACCCCAAAGGUAAUUUUACUGGUCCGGAAACGGAGUUGGAAAAUGAGUGGCAGUACCAGCUCCCGUCUCCCCCCACUGCGUUUAGGGACCUUAGUCCAACUAAUAUGACGGACGUGACCAAUUACGACACAGUCACGCUGGAAGAGUUUAAAGGGGACUCCGUUAUCACGAAUCCGAUGCUCUUUGAAAAAUUGGAACGGGUCAAAGAUCGCCAAAGUGAAAUAGAGACGGUCAGUGACGUCAACAGUACUUUAAGUGAGGAGGAAAGGCCAAUGUUAAACAAGUUAACGCUGGAAAACCUCGAGAAACGAAAAUCCCUAGUUUAUAAUAGAGAACUUAGUACUAGUCUUAAAAUUGCUCAAAAUUCUAAUACGAACCAUACGCGUUCUGAAGACCGAGUUCAUGGUAGUCAUUCAGAUGUUAUCAAUGAGUUGGAAGAUAUAAUCCACCACGGCCGAAGUAAAACUCUGUCUCGUCACAAUAGUUGCGCCGACGAUUACAAUGCGGCUUUCGAUAGACACUUACCAAACUUUCAGAUAUCUACAUACGAUAAACCGAAAAGCAAAAUAAAUAUUUUUGAAGACGACAGUGUGAGGAGUAACGUCGAGAUUCCUGUUAAAGAUGAAGUUCCAUAUGAUAAUUUGAGGCAAACGUCGGAAAAUUCGGCGGUUGAAAACGACACGUUCAAGAAACCUCAGGAGUUUGGUAAAUAUAAGGCGCUGACCAGAAGUAAUUUCUUUGUGAAAAAUAACCACGCACCUACUAAUAUAAUGAGGUCCGAAUCGUUCUCUUCCUCAAACCAUAAUAUUUACAAGUGGAAGCCCCAAAAUCCCGUGCAACGGUCGAAAUCUCAAGUUGCCCUAAAUGAUUAUAAAGAGCUUACAGAAGAUGGUACUGAGUGUUUGACCAGAUCAAACAGCUUGCUCGAUGUUCCAGGGCUUCAAAGUUUAGAGGUAAUGAGGAUGAUCCAGACUAAGCUUGGUAAUUCUACCGAACACAUUUUUGAAAAAGAAGUUCAAAGUACACCACCACCGCUCAUUGAGGAAGAUAAACCUGACAGCACAUUAACCACGAAAACAUACAGGUACCAAGGUCCUCCCUCAAUUAACCUCAGUACUUGGUCAGAGAGACCAAAGACGAAAGUAAGUCUGAAGGAAGACAAAGAUUAUCGAAGCAAUGACACUUUUUCCCCGGAAAAAUCCAAUAACGUUAGCAUUAAAGUGAAUGGUGUGGAAACGAUCAAAUCCACCACCCCUGGUAACGUUAUAAUCAAAAUUGGGGAGUCGGAAUCAAAGAGCAACACGUUUUCGUCGCGGUUUCUCAACCACUACGCCGGCGUAGGUUACCGAAAGCCGCUUUCAAAUGUAAAUAAAAUCGGAAACAUCGGCCGACCUCAUUCAAUCGCCAUGGAUUUGGACAUUGAUAUUUCGAGAGUGCCCGUCGUUCGUUCGGUCGAGCUAAAGAAACCGCUAAAGGAAGUUAACAACAAAUCUGUAACGCAAAUAAAUUCAAACGAACUGGUGAAUAAUAUUAGGAAUAAAUUCGUUGAAAUGCCAGAGCCAGCGAACAAAGUGUGUAGUACAAAUAAUGAGUCCUGCAAUGAGGCGGAUUCGUUACCAAAACCAGUAAAUAGAAUUAAUAGUUUUGCUCAAAGUCGAUAUGGGCCUACAGUCGUUGGUUUUCGAAGCGUUGACAAUGAUAAUGAAAGCGUGCGGCGAAGAUCUUGGAACUUAUCGAACACCUUACCGUCCAAGAUUAGCGCUGAUCAUUCAACGAAAACGUACACCACUAACACAAAUGUACCAUUUUCGCAAGUUACAUUGAAAAGGGUUGAGUCUAAUAAAGUGUCGAGUGGAAACGAUGCGGAUACUACCGAUUCACGAUUAAAUGGAAAAACAACUCUGUACAAUACCUAUUCAUCUGGAAAUAUUUAUUCUUUGGAGAGUGAGGUAGCAAAUACUAACAUCCCACCACCUCCACCAACAAUACCAAAAAUUACAAAUACUAAAAGGAAAAGUGUAAAAACGUUUGAACCUGUAACAGACCCUAGAGACGACUUACUUAACUCAAUUAGAAGCUUUGGAGGCAUUAAAGGUCUUAAACAUGUAAAAGUGUAAGGGUCGACGUCAACGAAUACAAUUUAUAGUCACUUAAUUAGAUGUACAUACUGUAGAUACUUUUUCAAAUGUAUUUCCCAAAAACAUACAAAUGUGCCUUACUGAA